UGGUUGAAAUAAGUAACCUCCACAGGUCGGUCAGAACGCAAGAUGCUGAGGGGAGAGGUGGGGCGUUUUUUACAACGGUUUGUGUAGCUCCAUCAUUUAGCGGUCAUCGAACAUCAGUCUAAGCAAGGACUUCAUCGGAGGUUGACGUAGAAAACCCUAUGUUGUCACAGAGCUAUGCUUACAGCUACCUAUGUAGUACUGAUCGUGCCGAAGUGAUUUCGAUUUUAAAAAUUGGAUUGUUGACAGUGCUGUGCGAAAUCGUGCUGAUUGAUUAAAAGUGACAAACGUUUUUGUGCAGUGAUUUUUUGUCACUAUUAUUGGAUUACGAGAUUUUAGUGCGAUUCAACAUGCCGAAGAUUUUUAUGAUAAAGAAUCGGUUGUUGCAGCAGCAACUCAAAUUAGCUGAAUACCACGAAUUAAUUGCUGCUAAACAGGAAUUCGAACUUGAAGCAUCACAACCCUUAUCGUUGAUCGUACCUAAAAAAUCAGAAAACGAAACAGAAGAACCCAAGGAUGAAGCACUCAAACCACAAACUUCACCACCAGAAGAAAAAAAGGUUUCAGAAACAGUUACACCAAGAAGGUUCAUAUCAUCCAUACUCGGUGGAGAUGCUCCAUAUGGUAGCAGAGGACAUGUUCUGACAAGAGCAGAACGAAAAGAAUACGCACCCAUCGUACCACCAGACAAAGUAAAAAUCCCGGAGACCAAGAAACCACCCGAAGAAGUUCCUCAGCCCAAAGUGACACCACCUGUUAGACAAUUCUCGGUUAUACAGAGAACUCCGAAAGCGACAACCAAACGAGAAGAUGACCUAGAUACGAGGUUAUCGGCCUUGAUAGUCCAAGAACCUGAGCAGGAACAACCAAUAGAUUAUCACAUACCGAAAAGAAAAGGUGAGACAGAAGAUGAAAAUGAAGAGAAGAAGCUGAGGGAACAGAGACGUAGUCACUGCUCUAAAAUAAAUAAACCAAUCAUUUCAGUUAGAACGUUAGUAGGAAAACUGCCCCAAACUAUGUCAGCUGCUGCAGGUCAUAGUCGAGGAAACGCACCAAGUCAAGGUGGUGGAGGUCAAUGUCAAAACGGUCCAUCAGGUGGCGGAGGAACAAUAAAUUUUUCUGGCGGAUCUGCUGGAGGUGGUGGAGGCAGUUCUCUCGGAAAUGGAACAGGUGGUGGUGGUAUGAAUCCUGGAAGAGAUGGCAGGCAAAAUUACGGCCCAAGUAGUCCACCAACUGGAAGCUUACCACCUUUUUACGAAUCACUGAAAGGUGGCAACAAUGGAAGUAACUAUAACGCUAAUGGUACCUUUUCCUCUAGUUAUUUAUUAAAUCAACACAUGGAUUGUGAUAAUGGACAAGAACUAGGGCUAAAUGCUAAUGGUGGACAAAGUCCGCCUAAACAAUACUCUACAUUACAAAAUGCAUCAUACGGCAUAGUAAUGAAAGACGAAACAGAUUUAGAUUUAUAUGAAAGUAAAAUUGAUACUAUCAAUCAACUUCUACCAGGUCCCUACACUGGAUACGAUGACUCUAUGAUGGUGGACAUGGUCACUGGAGGAGUUGUCGACCCAUUGCAGUUUACAGCCACUUUGACUUUUUCCAGUUCUGCAGAACAUGCAUUGUUAGAAAGCUUAUCAGAUGCGACCGACUUGUCGUCAUUUCUUCAAAGAUUACCUAGUGAAGAAAACGAAAACGAGGAAAUAAUUUCAAAUAACAUUCAUUCAUCACCUAUUACGUCGGAGUCUUCCCAAAUUCAACAAGUGGACCAAUUAGAUACGUUCAACGAUCACAUCCUAGGGAGAAAUUAUGAAGGAAGAAAUUUCAAUCAAUUUUCCAAAUUGUACUCGGAUUCCUUGGCUUCCUACUCAAGUUCGGUCAAUAACGAGUGCCUGCAGGUGCAGAUACACCAGCAGCAGAUGUUGUCGCCUAGUUUAUCAUUUAAUGGAAGCGCUUUGGACCUAGAUUCGCCUACGACGAUGAGCUUGCCUUCACCUGGAGCUGCUAGCUGCUCGUUGGAUGCGCCACACAAUGAUGAAGGCUCAAUAAGUCCACCGGCCAAUGUGAGUGGGAGAAGGGGUAGCACAAGCAGCGAAGCACCUUCCCUUCAAGGAAGGGUAAAUGUUUUGCAACAAAGGCUGGGUCUAUCCUCGGAAGUUCAACUGGAGUUUGUUAACGGAGGACAUGGAAUCAAAAAUCCUUUGGCGAAUCAGGAAAAUGUUAGACAUAGUGCGAGGAUAGAGGAUAAAACAAAAUUAGCUGCUAUAACAACGGAGGAUGGUCACACAAAUUUCUGUUGUAGAGUCUGUAACAAGACAUUCGGUUUACAGCGGUUACUCAAUAGGCACAUGAAGUGUCAUUCAGAUGUGAAAAGAUACUUAUGCACCUUCUGUGGAAAAGGAUUCAAUGACACUUUCGACUUGAAGAGGCACACUAGAACUCACACAGGUGUUCGACCCUACAAGUGCAGCCUAUGUGAAAAAUCAUUCACUCAGAGAUGUUCACUAGAAUCCCACUGUCUCAAAGUUCAUGGUGUACAACAUCAGUAUGCAUACAAAGAACGAAGAACCAAAGUAUACGUUUGUGAAGAAUGCGGCCACACUACCAGUGAACCAGAAGUCCAUUACAUCCACUUGAAAGAAAAACAUCCAUAUAGUCCAGCCCUUCUCAAAUUCUAUGAUAAGAGACACUUCAAAUUUACGAAUUCGAAUUUUGCUAACAUGCUCCUACAAGUGUAGGAGCAGCGUUCUUAAAGUGAAAAAUAACACCUCCCUCGAACAAAAUAUCGGGUAAUUUGUGCAAUCAGGUGUAUGGAUUUGGGGUUAGAUUAAGAAACUAGAAUAGUGGUUUUGUUUUAUGGUCAGAAACGUGGCUAAAUUUAGAAGAAGAAUCAAAUUAUGUUAUUAAAAAACAUAGUAUCCACGGAUUCUCUUGUUGUCAAUAGAUUGGAUUUGAAUAUUUUAUAGUAAAUGUUUUAACUACAUAUAUGAUAAAAUAUUGCAUAUUCAAAAGUUGUAUAGAUUAGGAUAAAUUUUUCUGAACUUUGGCCCGUUUCUAAAUCUGAGGUUUCAUAGAUAGCCUAUAACGCCUUUGGUGCUGCAGAAUAUCUUAAAGUAUGUUGUGAUUAAUCGUUGUUUAGUUUUCACAUAAAAGCAGACAAAUUUCCUGCUAUAUAUAUUUUACUCCAAUCCUUUUAUACUUUGUUAACUGAGGUAAUUGUUUAUAAAUGAACAAUGAAUGUUGUUAGUGUUUUUGUACAUAGAAAGUUUUUAGGCAUUUUCUACUAUAAGUACCUUGAUCUUAUUUGAUGAUUUUAGGAAAACUUGAACUUAAUAACUUCUUGAUCAGUGCUCAAUACUGAAUUCACAUUUCUAUAUUAUUUCACUUCAAUUAGUGCCUAUUCGAGAACAAAUUCAUAAUUUCUCUGAAUGAACUGAAAACAAAAUUCAGUGCUUUUUGUGAACAAAUUAGCUUUAAUUACGGAUUCUAUCAAUUCAAGAUUUGAUGUAGGUAUGUAAUAACUAAUGUAUUUAUAUUAUCACAAUCAUGUAGAAAAGUGUGCUCUUCCUAAUAUUUUUAUACAAUUAAAUUAUUUACUAUUGAA